AUUCUGUUUGUUUCAGGAUCAGAUGCAGUUUCCUCCCAGCAUUAUAUUGGGAGAUUGCAGCCCCUCCCAACCUCUUGCGCUCUUGCUUUUUAAUUUUAUCCGUGUGCCCAAUUUUGGAGCCAGCCCUUCUGAAUCUCUUGGCCAAUCAAGAGACCACACAUUGUUGCCUAAGAGACCCCGGAUGCCAGCGAAAGGGUUUAUAGAUGGUGAUUGGACUACUGACUGGAAAGAAGGGUGGGGGCUGGACAGAGUCAAAGGAAAAGCUGCCAUGGCAACACCAGAGCUUGAGGCUUGAAGAAGGAGAUGAGCUAAAGAGGUAUGGUUUUUCUUAUGGAAAGUAUUCAGUUAUUUCAUGAUGGCAUUUGCACCUCCAAAAAGCAUAGAUGGCCCCAAAAUGCAGACAAAGAUGAGUACCUGGACACCCCUAAACCAUCAGCUUUUGAAUGACCGGGUAUUUGAAGAAAGAAGAGCUCUGCUUGGAAAAUGGUUUGACAAAUGGACAGACUCUCAACGGAGAAGAAUCUUGACAGGCCUGUUAGAACGUUGCUCCCUGGCACAGCAAAAGUUCUGCUGUCGAAAGCUUCAGGAAAAAAUUCCAGCAGAAGCUCUGGAUUUUACUACCAAGCUUCCAAGGGUGUUAUCUUUAUACAUCUUUUCUUUCCUGGACCCCCGAAGCCUUUGUCGUUGUGCACAGGUGAGCUGGCACUGGAAGAACUUAACUGAGCUGGAUCAGCUCUGGAUGCUCAAAUGUUUACGAUUUAACUGGUACAUCAAUUUCUCUCCAACUCCCUUUGAGCAGGGUAUAUGGAAGAAGCACUACAUUCAAAUGGUAAAAGAACUUCAUGUUACCAAGCCUAAGACACCUCCAAAAGACAGGUUUGCGGUUGCUGACAUUCAACCAGUUACAAGCAGUUCUCCAGAGGAAAAGCAGUUUCCAGCAUCCGCUUUCCGGUCCUCUUCCUCUUUGAGAAAGAAGACUCAUGGGGAGAAAGAACUCCCACCCUGGCGAUCCUCCGACAAACAUCCAACUGAUAUCAUUCGCUUCAAUUACCUGGACAACUGUGAUCCCAUUGUGCAAAUCUGGCAAGGAAGGAGGAAAAGACAUGAAAUGAACCCAGAUUUCAGCCGACAGUCACAUGAUAAGAAAAAUAAAUUGCAGGAUAGAUCUAAACUAAGGAAAGCACAGUCACUGUAAAUUCUCAGUUUACACAUGGAAGCAAGAUCUCGGAAGUCUAGAAGACAGGAAAAACAAAACCUCCUGGGACAAUUCGCAAAAACUGAAGGGUGGGCUUUGGACUUCCUGGGACCUGGACGUAGACUCAGAGGACCCCAGCUGACAUCUUGUUUCAUGUCAUUUUUCUUUUUCUUUUUCCUACCAAGUUAAGUGUAAAAACAUUAAGUACCUUUUAGUUCACACUGCUUUUUCUUGGCCAUCAGAGAAGUCCUCACUUUCUAGGUUCUGAUCUGGCCACGGAUUUCAAAAGGCUUGCUGUUUCAGACCAUUCACCUAAAGGCUAGUAACAAAAGCCUUUAAUUGCCUGCUUACUCUAAUUGCUUUAGAUAAGACCUUAUCUUUUUCUGUACUGUGCUAAUUCAAGCUUCUGCAGUUACCUUCCAAUGCUUUCCAAGCUAACUUGGUUUUUAGUGUCCUGAUCUUUUAAAAGCUUCUGUAAGCUUUGUCACCUUUUUUUCAUCCUCUCUCUGAAUGAGAAGAGGAGGAAAAAAGAAUAUACUCCAAAGUGAUAGCUGAUUCUUGUCGUGAAAGAACAAUGGCUUAAGAAUCAGGAAAGCCAGUUUUCUGGCCUCUGCUCUACAAUUAACUAGCAGUCACUCAACCUUUGAGUUUUCAUUUUCCCAUUUAUAAAAUGAGAGUUUGGAUCCCAACAUCUUUAAAGUCCAUUCCUGUCUAACUAAAGCCUGGAGCUGCAGAACCCCACAGUCCCCUGCACAUUUAUUCCCUGCUUUCUUCUGAUGCCAGAGGGACACAGCUGUGACUAAAGUGACUUUGCAUAGAAUACCAGAAAGAAUCAGUCACACUGGUGAGUUCUGAUUAUAAACCAAUGGAAACUGGUUUCUGUCUCCUAUCCUUUUCUUUGAACUUCAGAAAAUACAAUUAACUGUAACAGAAGUAUUUACGAAACAAACCUAUGCAGUGGUUUACUUACAGGCAGUCUUUAAUAGACUUCUUUCAAAGUCUGAUGACUUCCCCAGGUGUUUGUUUACUUGGUUUGGAUGGGCAGAAUUAGAAAUCUCAACAGGAGAGAUCUUUAAUUAUUUAGCUCAAUCAGUGAAACUCAUGAGAGUUCCAUUUGGAAUACAGAGUAAGAAAGAAUAUGGGCUUUGUGGUCAGAGAGACCAGAGUUCUUUUACCAAAUAGCACAAUUUUGGAUAAGUGAGUGACCAAACCUUUCUGAGCCUCUAUUUCUUCAUCUGUAAAAUGGGAAUAAUGAUUCCUCCCUUGUAGGAUUGUUGUCCGGACUAAAUGCCAGGUGUAUCUUAGGUAUUCAAUACUUGUUUGUGUUCUCUUUCAUUAAAUACCAUCUUAUCUUGCAGGGCACCUGGCUGGCUCAGUUGGAAGAACAUGAGACUCUUGAUAUCCAGAUCAUGAGUUCAAGCCCCAUGUUGGGUGUAGAGUAUUACUUAAAUAAACUUAAAAAGAAAUACCGUAUUAUCUUUCACUUUGCUGACCAAGAGUAUAGAUUUGGGACUCAAACAGCCUAGGUUCAAUGCCUGAUACCACAAUUUUAUCUAUUUGUUUUUUAAAUGUUUAUUUAUUUUGGUGGGGGGAGGGGCAGAGAGGGAGACAGAGAAUCCUAAGCAGGCCUG